AUGCUUGAUGGAUUCCUGAGCCAAAACACUCUACCUCUAGUCUGUCGCGCGUUUGAUUUUGAGCGUGAUAUUCUCCAUCCGGCUCUUCUGGGUGAGAAAGAUGGCGCAAAGAUUGUCUCUCUCGAGGAGCUGUGUAUCGAUGCGCUCAUCACCAAUGUUCUUGAAGUUUUCUAUGGCCCUGCCAUUUGGAAGAUCAAGCCAGAUUUUGUGCACUGGUUUAUGCUCUGGGAAAGAGUCAACUGGAAGUUUCUGUUUCAGCUGCCGGGGGUUUUGAGCCGCGAUAUGCUCAAAGCAAAGGGCGAGAUGACGGAUAUGUUUGAAAAGUAUUUUUCAUUGCCUCGUUGUGAGCGACCGGGCGCAGCACCUUGGACCAUUGCCUUGGAGGAUAACAUGCGAGAGUCGAAUCUGACCACUGACGAGCUUGCUCGAGUAUUGACGCUCCAUACUUGGGCAAUUGUGGGAAACAUGUACAAGUCCGCAUUCUGGUUAAUCGCCCACCUAGUAUACAACCCGACCGAUCUAGAGAUUAUACGCGCGGAAAUCCUACCAGCCAUCCAAGGCGACGAGAUCGAUCACAACUAUCUUAUAAAGAAUUGCCCUCUUCUCGACUCUCUAUUGUCCGAAGUGCUCCGUACCACGACAAGCUCCCCAAUCUUGCGAGACGUGAUGGAGGACAUCUGCAUCGGCGGGACUACUCUUCGAAAGGGAGACAAGAUGCUGGCCUCUUAUCGCCAAUUACAUCUCAAUCCUGAAUCCUGGGGCCCCAAUCCCGAGGAAAUCCAAGCAGACCGUUUUUCACAAAACAAGCAACUGAAAUCCAGUCUCAGUUUCCGCCCCUUCGGUGGUGGAAGCACACUUUGUCCCGGACGAUUUUACGCCCGAGGGGCCAUCUACCCCGUCGUAGCAUUGUUGCUUAGCCGUUACGAUAUUGGUGUAGAGAACCGGGAUCAAGAUUUGGGAUUGGGGGCCACGGAUAGCGGCAAAGGCCCUACGAAGGCAUCAUUUCCUCGAGCCGAUUAUUCCAAGCCUAUACCCGGUGUUGUAUCGCCCGCGGAAGGUGAGGAUAUCAGGAUGGUGCUUAGUCCUCGAAAUGUGAGACAGUAA